CAACAUUCCCUGGUUUCCAGCUCUGUGACAUCACAGCCUCCCAACCUCUCUGCCAGCAACAAGUGAGUGAGGCUCAAAGGAAACAGCCCUGCCCGGUGAACACAAAGUCAACACCAACGAUUCCACUGCAGACAAAGCUGGCAGAGUAAAGUCUUCAACUCCUCUCUAUGGCAACACACCAAAACCUGGCCUCAAAGAUAUUCUGUUUAUGCUGCCAGGAUUGUGAGGAAGCUGUCAUUGAGAGCUCCAAGGAUCCUAGACAAACCCAAGGGAGCCAGCCAACAACCUACAGUUCGCAGUCCCAGAAGAAUGAGUUAAACAAACAAAAUCCCAAGCACACUAAUGCACAGUCCUUCUUUGGUCAAGAAAAGAGGUACUCUUCCAGCAGCAGUGAUUUUGAAGAGCUGACCGCAUACAACAUCCAAACAGGAUACCCUAAAAAAAAUCUAAACCGCUACUACCAGGAGCACUGGUCCUUCCAGCCGUGCCUCAUGGGGAGACCCUGAGGGUUCUAGUGGUGGCGUCGGUGGCGGCGUCACACAGGCUCUGAGCUGUGCGGCUGCUGGAGGAUCUCCAGGAGGGUGAAGAGAGUGGUGGACAGGAGUCAUGAAGACCGAUUCAGAAACUCCACCGUAGGAAGGAAUGGGCCCGAGCCAUCCUGUGCCACCUGCAUGAGUCACUCCAGCCCCUGACGUGGCCAGGGAGGGAGGCUGCCCUCGAUUAAAGUCCUUGGUUGCAUCAGA